AUGGCAGCUAAAGCUAUGUCGUCCACUCAUGUCGCCCAACACAAAGUUUUGGACAAUCAAGCAAGUUCUAAUGGAGUCAAAUCUAUGAAAUCAGAAUUACGUCGACUAGCAACAUUUCGAACAUGGAAGCGAAACAAUCAAUCAAUACUUUCAAAGGGAUUUCUUGCAAAAGUUGGUCUCUACUAUAUAGAGACAUCAGAUACAAUGAAAUGUGAUGGAUGUGAUUUUGAAUGUGAAUUAUCGUCAUCAGAUAUCAAUCCAAUUGAAGAGCAUAUGAAACGAAGCCCUAAGUGUCAAUUUGUUCCGGAUCAAAAUGCAUUAUUAUCAAAAAAUGAUAUACGAACUACGCAUUUCAUAUCAGAUAGUCAACGAAUGAGCGUUUCUGAUUACAAUCUUCAAAAAGACAUCGAAUAUAAGAAAAAUGAUCAUGAAGACAGUUCAGAGCCACAAAUAUUGUUUCUGAAUUCUAUAACACGUGAAACAAUCGAUAAAAUGCGAGCAAAUACAUUCUCAAAUUGGCCAUUAAUUACACCUACGGCACAAGAUAUGAUUAUUGCAGGAUGGUCAUAUACUAAUAUUGCAGAUCGUGUCAUAUGUGUUUAUUGCAAAACACUCUUUCAUAAAUGGGCAAAAACUGAUCGGCCAUAUGAAAUACAUCGUUUAAAAUCUCCGAAAUGUCCAUUUGUAUUAUUAACGGAAAAAAACUCAUCUACUUCAUCUACUACCACAAAUAUAACGAUCACGACUCAGCACAAUACAUCAGCUAUUGUUGAUGCACUGAAUAGUACUUAUUCAUUAGCAUAUCGUAGAUAUGAAACAUUUCAAAACUGGCCUCAUACAAAAGAAAAUCCAUUACCUUCUGUUCAAUCAUUUGUUGAUGCUGGAUUUUUUUAUACUGGUGAGAAAACCAUCGUAAAGUGUUUUUAUUGUAAUGGAGCUUUGCGUAAUUGGGAUAACGGUGACGAUCCAAAAGUGGAACAUUGUCGUUGGUAUCCUCAGUGUGCUUAUAUUCGACAAUAUGUCGGAGAAGAUCUUUAUCAAGCUAUACAAAGAAAAAGUCGCGAAUUGAAAAACCAGCAAAAUUAUAAGAGUGAUACAGAUGGUCAAGAGUCAAAAAAUGCUCCGUGGACAGAUGAUGAAAUCGAUAGAAUGGUUAAAGCUCGCCUCGAUUUACCUGUAGUCGCCAACCUUCGAAAAACGGAUUUUAGUAUGGCAAUUAUUCGUAAAGCGCUCGAACUUCAACUCAAAUAUAAAAACGAUGACUUCAAAAGUGACAAUGAUCUUCGACUGGCUUGUCUUAUGCUUCAUCAACAGGUGAAAUUGAUCAAUGGAAAUGAAAGUAAUUUACUUGUUCCUCAAGAUUGGAUGAAACAAUACAUGGAAGAUCAAGAACAAGAUAUGAAUCACUCUGCAUUGCCACAACCACAAAUUUCACAGCCACAAAUUAAUAAUAUCGAAACUCCGAAAGUUUUGCCAUCGAUCGCAACAGGACCUAAAAUAAUACCAAAAUCAGAAGAAGCAAUGCUAUGUGUACUUUGUCUUACAACAGAGCGUCAAGUGGCGUGUCUCCCAUGCGGUCAUUUGGCAUGUUGUGUAGCAUGUGGUCAUAGUUUGAGCGUGUGUCCAAUCUGUCGAGCAGUCGUGAAAGCGUUUGUUCGAAUUAGCGUCUGA